ACCGUCCGGCGUCCAAAGCACGUAUCACGUUUUUCUCUCUGUCAGCGAGCUCGUGGAAGUUUUUCUUGUGUUCUCUAUUUUUCUUUUUGAACAUAAACUAUUCAUCCCCCGCUGCGACUAACGAAACCGAAAUGGCCAUUUAAUUGCUUAUACUCAUUUUGCAUGUUCAUACCUGCUAAGAACUAUAAAAUUUUUCGGUUUAGUGUCUGUUUUCGUUUUCACCAAUCACCAUGUCUGAUAAUCCAUCUGGAAAACUCAAGGAACAAGACCUAUCAAACUUAGAUGUUACUAAAUUGACACCAUCUUCGCCUGAAGUUAUCAGUCGUCAAGCUACAAUCAACAUAGGAACUAUUGGGCAUGUAGCGCACGGAAAGUCUACUAUAGUGAAAGCUGUUUCUGGAGUUCAAACUGUCCGUUUUAAAAAUGAACUUGAAAGAAAUAUCACGAUUAAAUUAGACGAAAAGCAGAAAAAUCCAAAUACUAGCAAAAAUAGUCUUAAGAAUAAAGUAAAAAGUUUAAGAAAGAGAAAAAUUCUAAAAGCCAACUGUGAUCCAUCGAAGAUAAAAAUUUAUAGAUGUAAUGAAGAAAGCUUAGACAAUAUUGAUGCUGAAUUAUCAUGUACUAAAAAAUGUAUUUUAGAAAAUGAUGAUGAAUCUUCAGUUAAUUCAAAAGAUUCUACAUUUUCAGUAUCGCAAAAAGAAAACUCGAUGUUUGAAACUGAUGCCAGCUCCAAUAGUGGUCAGGGUGAUUUUGAAAUAUCUAACAGAGAUCAAAAUAAUGUUCAAAAAGUAACUAAUUUUGAUAACUCUAGUAGCAGGUAUGAAGCUGAUGAUGCAUUUGAGAUUGAUCCUAAGAACUCUAUUGUGGGUAUUAAUGAAAAAUCUAAUGAUAGCUUUCAUUCAAAUUCAACAAUUUGUAGCUCAAGUUCAACUGUUGCAAAUAAUAAUAACAUAAAUAGAUAUUACCAGAAUCGGGAACUCAAUGAUGUUAUCAGUGAUAAUAUUUUUUCAUUAGAACGCAAUUUACUUGAUACUGCAUUCAUAACCAUUCCUUAUGCACCCAAUAACAAAUUUGAGGUUACAUUUAAUUACAUGACUUCUGAUGAAAGAAUAAAAUGUUUUAUACUUGAAGGUGGAAUGAUUGAACCAAAUGAUUAUAGUGAUGCUUAUGAUCCAUCUGAAAUAGAGGAAAUUAUCAAUGAUGUAUUGAUUAAUGGUAUACAUUACUAUUUAAUAAAAUGGAAAAUAUGGUCUCGAGGAUUUAAUACAUGGGAACGUUUUGGAAGUCUAUACAAAUCUCAAAAACUUUAUAUUGAUUAUAUGAAAAAGAAAAACAAUGAAGUUGAUAUCUAUAAACCUAUUAAUGGAAUACAUCUGAUGCUAUCCAGAAAAGUUAUUUCGAAAUUAUUCAAUAUGUUUAGAACUGAGACAGGUUUAUCUCUACCUUUAAUUUCACCUGAAGAUUUAUCGAAUAUAUUUAAUUGCCUCGAUAUUGGUUCUAGAAAGUCUCAAAUCCAGCGAAAAAAAUGUUUAAAAUUUUUUUUGACUACUAUUUCUUUAGGUAGUUUUAGACAACAACAGUUACUAAAUCUCAAUCAGUGGGAGAUAGACAUUAAUUUAGUGACUAAAAAAUACAAAAUUAAAGUAGAAAAUAAUAUUGAUCUCGAAGGGCCUCCAGAUCUAUUUGUGUAUGUUUGUGAUUACAUUCCUCGAAAUAACAUUAUUAUACCUAAUGAUCCUCCAAUUGGUUGUAAUUGUAAAAAAAAUUGUCAAUAUUCUAAUGAAUGUUGUAAUGAACUGUCAGGAUGUGAAACUGCUUAUGAUGCAAAUAAAAAUAUAAUAUUGGCCCCUCGAAACCCUGUGUAUGAAUGUAAUAAAAAAUGUAAAUGUACAGUUCAAUGUAAUAAUAGAGUGGUUCAGCUUGGUAGUGAAGUAGAAGUUUGUAUCUACAAAACAAAAGAAUAUGGUUGGGGUGUUAAAACUCGUCAAACAAUUCAAAAAGGUCAGUUUAUAGCCAGUUAUGUUGGAGAAAUUAUUACAGUUGAAGAAUCUGAACAGCGUUUAGAAAACAAUUUUUCUUCUAUGGAUUAUAUGUGGAACUUGGACUUUAAUGAUCAAAAAAACUAUAAAUAUAUAAUAGAUGGUUCACAUUAUGCUAACUUUACAUAUUUUAUAAAUCAUUCUUGUAAUGCUAACUUAGAUGUAUAUGCUGUGUGGAUUAAUUGCUUGGAUAGAAACCUUCCACAAUUGGCAUUAUUUUCUAACAGAACAAUUUCGGCUGGUGAACAACUUACGACCAAUUAUUUUUCCCGGUCUUCUCCAGCAACGUUGAAAAGAAGUGGCAUCAGAUGUCAAUGUAAUAUGAAAAACUGUAAAGGCUACUAUUUUUAAAACUAAUAACACAGAAUUUUAAUUCCUUAUUUCACUCAAAAUGUAUUUUUAUAUUUUUGUAAUAAUUUAUAAUUGUAAAGUUUAUAAAAGUUCUAAAGAUUGGUAUAUUUUAAUUAGUUUUUUUAAAUUUGAAUUUUUAUUUUUUUAUACUGGACUUUAAA